AUGACGAGUGGGAAGAUUGCUGCGCAACAUGCGACUCUGGCAUGCUACAAAGCCCUCAUGAAAACCAAUCCUCAGCUUGUUCAACACUGGGAAAGAAUUGGGCAAGCCAAGAUAGCUUUACGAGUAAAUUCCGAGGAUGAGCUUCUCGAACUUGAAGCCAUUGCCAAAAGUCUGAACCUAUGCGCUCGUUCAAUACUGGACGCAGGUCGGACACAGAUUGCCGCUGGCUCGCGGACAGUCCUAGGUAUUGGUCCUGCUCCCGUCGACCUCAUAAACCAAGUGACUGGACACCUGAAACUACUUUAA